AUGCCUGAGAAACACGGAAAGUCGUCUGAAGUCUACAAAGAACUCCUACAUGACUUCAUGAACUUCAAGCAAACGGGUUGGAAACCUUUCGGACCAAACAUUGGGGGCGUGGAGCAUAUGAAGUCAAAAACAAUGUAUGAGAAAAAAAUGGCCUCAAGACAUGCUUUCCGAAGCCUGGCAAAAAAAGUUGCAGCCGAUGCAGUUGGCUUAUUGCCAAGUAGUUUCAUUGAGGACGAAGGAGCACAAGAAGAUAGUGAUGAUGAUGAUGAUGAUGAUGAAGGGGAAAACAAAGCGGCUCGUUCGUCCUCCGCCAAUGCUGCAAGUACCUCCCGCAAGACAAGUAGUAGCAAACCGAUUGAUCUUACUUGUCAAGCUGCUAAAGAGGAUGUCGAUGGUCGUAUUCUUGGAUUUGAAGUCGGGCAAAUGAGACAACAUUAUCUCUUGCAGUAUCCAACCGGAAACAAAUUGGGGGUUGUCUGCUGUCUAGACGGAGACGUUGAAGAUAGGACAUCCAACCAGUUCAAGCUUUCAAAUGACGCAUGA